UGACGACCGUUCUUCGCGACACCUCAACACUAUAAGAACCUCGAUGCCAGCGCAGUGAUGGGAGCCAAGCAACGACAACCAGUUCUCGACUCGGCCGGUUCGACUGUACAUAUUCUGUUGGACUUUGUAUAUUUAUUCUAUUGUUUCUUUUGUGUUCACGAUGAAGAUAUCUCAAAGCAGGCUGGCCCUGUUGGCGCUUUGCUUGGUACAAUGGGUGUCUUGCCGUGUGGUGCAGUUCCAGAUCGAUCUGACCUGGGAGGACGUGCCCGUGGCCGGUGCCCUGCGAAAGGCCAUCUUGAGCAAUGGUCAGCUCCCGGGGCCUGCCUUGUGGUUGAAGCAGGGCGAUGAUGUGGAAUUUUUGGUUAAUAACUCGAUGCCGUUUGCGACGACGGUUCACUUUCAUGGUAUCCAACAACAAGGCACUCCCUGGUCGGACGGAGUCCCCGGACUCUCGCAGGACGAAAUCCAGCCCGGGGACCAGUUUCUCUACAAAUGGAAGGCCGCUGAUUACGGGUCGUAUGUGUAUCACUCGCACGUGCGGGCUCAGAUCGAAGAUGGCCUCUACGGGCCCAUCUAUAUUGAGCCAGAGGACUCGGUGGAGAGGCCGUUUGCGUUGGUUUCGCAGGCGGAUGAGCCGGCGAUGUUGGAAGCGGAAAAGCACACGCAACCGAUUGUCAUUUCGGAUUGGAGGCCGUUUCCUUCCGAGGAUAUUCUCCAGAUUCAAGUCGCCUCGGGGGUGGAGAACUACUGUUCCAAUUCGAUUCUCAUCAAUGGCAAAGGCUCGGUGUAUUGCCCGUCACAGGAGCACAUUAAUGCCAUUACGACGGAGGCGCAGAAGCAGAUUCUGGGGAAUGCCACCUUGACUGACAUGGCAUGUCUACCACCCCAAGCCAUCGUGGGCUCUUACCCAGCCGAUCUCAGCAAGGUCCCCAAGGGCUUCUACGAAGGCUGUACGCCGAGCGAGGGGCCCACGGAGGUGUUCCAGGUCGAUGCUGCGUCGCAAUACGUCAGCUAUGACCUGAUCAGCAUGGCGGGUCUCUCUUCCCUCGUGUUCUCCAUCGACGAGCAUCCCAUGUAUGUGUACGCCAUCGAUGGACGUUAUGUGGAGCCCCUACUGGUCGAUGCCGUCACGGUUCCCAUCGGAUCGCGAUACUCGGUGAUGGUACAACUGAAGUCGGAUCCGGCCGGUGACUACACAGUCCGGGUUGCCAACAACUACGCCACCCAGCUCAUCAAUGGCACCGCCGUCCUGUCCUACGGCCGCUCGACCCCCGGCCAGAGCCAUCCCUCCCAGCCGUAUCUGAACGAGGCCGGUGCCAAUGCAACCACCACCGCGGUCUUCCUGAACGAAAGCCGUGUGGUGCCCUUUCCCGUGGAAACACCUGCUCUGCACGCAGACCGGACGUACAUCCUCAACGUCAACACGAUCAAUGCCUCAUACAUCUGGACCCUGGGCAACAGCUACCCCAUGUCGAAUGAAGAACUGUCUCCCCCCGUCCUGUUCAACCUCAGCGCCAUCUCGCCCGCCUAUUCCAUAACCACGUUGAACAACACCUGGGUGGAUCUCAUCAUCAACAUCACCACCAUGGGCCAACCACAACAUCCCAUCCACAAGCACUCCAACAAGUACUUUGUGAUCGGGCAAGGGUCGGAGCCGUUCACCUACUCCUCGGUAGCGGAGGCCAUGGAAUCCAUUCCGCAGAACUUCAACCUCGAGAACCCUCAGUUCCGAGACACGUUUUACUCGCCGCCCUCGAACACGGCGCCGUCCUGGUUGGCCAUCCGCUACUUGGUUGAGAAUCCGGGACCGUUCCUCCUCCAUUGUCAUCUGCAGAUGCACCACACGGGCGGAUUGGCGCUGGCGUUGCUGGAUGGGGUGGAUGCGUGGCCGAUGGAUAUUCCGGAGGAGUAUCGCAUGCCUGUGAUGCCUGUGUAG